AUGAUCACUACAGUCCUGCCUUGUAAGGAGGAUCUCGAGCUGGUCCACUCAGGCCCAUCUAAGUACAAGCCUGAUGGAAAUAGGGGGCAAGCCAAGGAGAGCGAUCUGGGGAGAUUGGAAUCGGUGGUGGUGAGUGAUGCCGGCGGAGGGGUCGAGAGGGUGGAUCCCAGAGCCUCCGACCUCUGCGCGGAGGGGCAGCGAGGGUCGCCCGCGGGGUGCAGCGUGUGCUGCGCGCAGGUGGCCCGCCGCGUGGAGGCAGCGGCGCGGGGCGUCGAGGAGGUGCAGGGUGCCCAGGGGCGCGGGGAGAACCCGCUGCUCCCGCGGCGGCGGUCAGGGGCCGGCGGCUCCCCAGAAGAUGCAGUGCAGCAUAUUUUGCACAUGACGAGCGGGAGCGCGGCGGCCGCGGGCUCCGCGGAGGGACUGACGCCCAGAUCGCGGGAGGGACGGACACCCGAGCGCGCCGCGCCGCCGCUUCCCGCCCCCACCCACUGGCGCCCACGCCUUCCCCGCGCCGCCUGCGCUGUAUGGCACAAACUUUCCUCCCGGGACGGAACACGCUGUGUCAGGGAGCCCGCGCCGGCGCCUUCUCCUCAGCCAGUUCCCAACGCUGCUGAAAUGGGUUGCGGAUUGAACAAGUUGGAGAAACGCGAUGACAAACGGCCUGGAAAUAUCUAUUCGACUUUAAAGAGGCCUCAGGUGGAGACCAAGAUAGAUGUGUCCUACGAAUACCGCUUCCUGGAGUUCACAACCCUGAGUGCUGCUGAGCUCCCGAGAUCCUCGGCGGUGAGGCUGGCCUCCCUGCACGACCUGCCCGCCCAGCUCCUGGAGCUGUACCAGCAGGGCUUCGCACUGGUGGCCCUGCACCCGUUCGUGCAGCCGACCCAUGAGCGGGAGAAGACACCCCUCGAGCACAUCUUCAGGGCCAUCCUGAUCAAGAAAACUGACAGAUCUCAGAAAAGUGAUCUUCACAAUGAACGCUACAUCUUGGAAUUAGAUUGCUGUUCCUCCUUAGACCACCUGACAGGCCAAAAACUCAUCCCAGAGUUCAUUAAGAAGGUCCAGGAGGCUGCGAGUCAGGGCCUGAAAUUUGUCGGUGUCAUACCUCAGUAUGGUUGCCCUGUGAAGCCAGCAGGCAGCAGGCCCCCAGCGGACACCAGAGCUGCGGAAAAGGAGCCGGGCCGGUGCGGGGAUGACGAGGACCUGGGUGCUCCCGCAGGGACAGACAGCAGCCAGGAGCCAGCCCAGGGCCCCGGAGGGGAGACGCCUGUUGCUGAGCAGCCCAGCUUGCCCUCCGGAGAAGGGGACGGUGCAGAAUGGUCUCCACACGGAAUGAGCAAGGCUCUGGAUGGGCCUGAUGGUGACCUGUUGGAAGUGCGCGAGGAGCCACUCUCGGGAAAAAUAGAGAUCCUCGCCCUUUUCAACAAACCGAAGAGCCAUCAGAAGUGCCGGCAAUACUAUCCCGUCAGCAUUCCUCUCCGGGUCUCCAAGAACGGCCAGACGGUGAGCGGUUUGGACGCCAACUGGUUGGAGCACAUGAGUGACCACUUCCGGAAAGGAGGCAUGCUGGUGAAUGCGGUCUUCUACCUUGGCAUGGUCAAUGAUUCCUUCCACGGCCUGACAGAUGGAGUAUUCAUCUUUGAAGCUGUUUUUUUUUUAGAUAGCAAAACCAUGCAGGGCUAUGAUGCUAUUGUUGUUGAACAAUGUUUUUUUCUGGAAGGUGUCGAGGUGCAGACCGACUACGUGCCCCUGCUGAACUCCCUGGCGGCCUAUUUUUUUCAGCUCACCUGUGUGCUACCAACGCCCGUCGUCAAGACUACCAGGGAGGGGAAUGUAUCCACCAAGCAGAUUGUCUUUCUUCAGAGACCGUGCCUACCUCAGAAAUUUUUUUAGAAGGAAUCAAAGUUCCAGUGGCGAUUCUCCCGAGAAGACAUUUUUUUUAGGCAGAUGAGGAAAUCCAAAGGUAAACUGAGUGCCAGAGAAAAGCGAUUUUUUUAAGAAAACGAGAAGAAUUUAGAAGAGCAGUUUUCCAAAGCCGGAGACGUGGGAAACUGUGUGCCAGGCCUGUGUCAGGAAGACGAGGCCUCCGAGGAGUUGAAGGUCCCCAUCCAGGAGGUUGUGCAAAAUGGUCCAGCUGGGCCCUGCAGGGCCCCCGAGGGGGUUUUUUUUGGGCACUCCCAUUCCGGAGAGGAUGCCAGGGAGGGAGGUGCCGGGGAGGUGGCCGCAGAGCCCGCCACGGUGGAAGACAAUUGA